AGGGAAAGGUCCAUGGGCUAAAUGUAACCCCGCGGGCUUUAGGACCCGUGCUGCUCCAGUCCUCCAUGGCUCUGUGUGUUUACAGUGAGAAUUGUAUGGCAGGAAUUUUCUAACAUCAAAUAUUUAAACAUCAUUUGCAUCGACACAAAAGUCCCAAUGGAGAUAGAGAUCCUGUGACACAGUUCUUUGGAUGGAGUCCUCGCGGAGCACAGGGGGUCACUCCCGCGAGUACAAAUUGGUGAUGUUAGGAGAGGGGGGUGUGGGCAAAAGUGCCAUCAUCAUGCAGUUUAUAAGUCACAGAUUUCCAGAGGAUCAUGACCCCACUAUCGAGGAUGCCUAUAAAACACAGAUCCGCAUUGACGAUGAGCCAGCGAACCUGGACAUCUUGGACACAGCAGGACAGGCGGAGUUCACAGCCAUGCGUGAUCAGUACAUGCGAGCGGGUGAAGGCUUCAUCAUCUCAUACUCCAUCACGGACCGCCGCAGUUUCCAGGAGGCUCGCCACUUCAAGCAGCUGAUCUACCGCGUGCGGCGCACCGUCGACACCCCCGUCGUCCUGGUGGGGAACAAGUCUGACCUGGUCCAUCUCAGACAGGUGUCUGUAGAGGAGGGCAAACAGCUGGCGAGGGAGUUCCAGUGCCCCUUCUUCGAGACCUCGGCGGCGUUCCGCUAUUACAUCGACGAGGUGUUCGCUGCACUGGUGCGUCAGAUCCGCCAGCGCGAGGCCGAGGUGCUGCGAGGCAGCGAGAGGAAGACCAGACGCAGCCAUUCCUUCUGGAGACGCCUCAAAGCCCCCUUCCAGAAGAAACAGCAGUCCGAGCACUGAGAGAGGGGCAUGAUGGGACACCACGCAGCUCUGUUAGGCCCAUCUCCCUCAGAUGGUGUGAGAACUGCAUUUAUAGUUUCUGUCUGAUCGUCUCCCAGUCAUUUGAGUUCGACUAAGCCCUCACUGUGCAGGACACGCUCGCUGUCGUCAUUUGGGACGUGGGCUGAUUUUCUGAUGUUAGGGAUUAGGAAAGAACUAUUAAACUUGACAGUAGUUCUUGUUUCAUUUUUGGACCACGUUGAACUCUGUGAAUGUCGUGUUUUAAAGGAGGGGAAUGUAAGAAGGAUUGGCUAAAUGUGUUUUUUGUGAAAAGGUCACGUCAGACUCUGGUUUAGAGAUUUGUUGUUGAAAAAAAAAGAAAAGAAGGUUGAAUGAGUUUAAGAGAGCAGACAGCAUGAGAAGGAAAAGAAAGAAACGUGUCACAGGGUGGGGAAAAGGGCAAGGGUUUACAGUAGAAAUAUCGAUCUGCUGGUAUAAUGAGUACUGUAAACCAAUUUGUCAGACGGGUUUUAAAAACCCUUGAUGUAGAUGUUUUAGCCUCUUCUCAAAAACGGAGUGAAUAACAUGUCCAGGUGAUAUUUCACCCCUCUUUUCAUUAAAAAUAAAUAA